AUGGACGAAAUAGAGUACAAAUUAAAAUCCGCAAAUCCUGUUUUGAUAUCACAUGCAAUAUCGAAACUCUUCGAUUCGAUCAAGAAAAAGAGAAACGAUGGUGCCAAUGUUAAUAUUUCGCAAAUAGCUGAAUUUAAACUGCUGUCCGCAAAGCGAGACAGUGCAGACCUUGUACUCAGCGCAUCCGCUUGUCAAGCUCUGAUCGCGCUAGUCGAAAAUGGAUUGUGGGAUGUCGGCGAAGCACUGACCUCCUUUGUAUCCAGCAUCUCUUCUAUGAAAAAUUUUGUAGUAUCUGCUACCGCUAUUGGUCGCUUGUUAACUUUGAUUUUAAAAAACAAUAAUGAAAACAAUGCCAUGUAUCCAUUUACACUACAUGCACCGCAACAUCCUUUUAUAAUGAUUUUAAAUCAAGAUAAAUACAGUUGGCAAACUGUAUUAAACCAAAUGAUGUACAUUAUGAAUCAUCAGAAUCCAGGAAUCAAGAAAAACAGCAUAGAAAUGUUACGUCCUGUUUUUCUAUAUAUUUUAUGUAAUCCUUCAAAUACAUUCGACUGCUGUAUGCAGCCUGUUUGGAAAUUAUUAAUUAAAUCGGACCAUGGCAUAUAUUUACAGACGGAAGUCUUACUUUGGUUGCAUACCGCUGACGCCCGUUCCUGUGUAAAUACAAACUAUCGAAUUUUAGAAUUCACGGAGAAAGCAUUACUAGAGAAAAAUAAAGGGUAUUGUACAGCAUUCGCACCAAUAAUAGCAUCUGUGUCUUUGCAACUGUUAAAACAUGGAUCGGAUCCAAGACCAAACUUCGACAUAUUAUCUGUGAUUAUAGAUCAGUGCGAUGUAAAUAUAGGAAAUCUUAUGUUAGUAUUAUUGGCAGAAAUAAUAACUUUAUGCCCAACUAGUUACUUGUGUAGCAUUCUGCAAACAUGUACGACAAUAACAAAGAAAAUGGUAUGCAACGAUAUAUUUCUGAGCACUUUGAUGGCAUCAAUCUUAAAGUGGCUGGCAUACCCGUCCAUGUUAUGUUCGGAUGCUUUGGAUAUAGCAACAAAUUUAAUAAGAAAUAUGUUCGUUCGAGUGAAGCGUACGGCUUACGAUGACACGGUGUUCACGAGUAAAACUUUCAAAACUUUCAGUUACUUCGAUCCUUACGUUCAGUUCCACGUGGAGAUCGUGCGUAGUCUGAAUGUCUGCAACUCAAAUGAUAUUUUACUCUGGUUGAAGGGUAUGUCGCAAGUACCAAUCGAUUUGAAGCACAAAUGUAAACUGUUAUUGUCCGGACUAUUUUUACAAACAACACAUCCAGAAGCAGCUAAGUUAAGCUGCAGCAUACUUGUGGAUGUUUGCAGAGAAAUCAAAAGUUUCGAAUCACAUUUGCUGUCUCUAUUAUUAUGUAAAUUGGCCAAGAGUAAAAGCACCACAGAAUUAAGGUACUUGCUGCCUGUUGUACCAGAGUUAGUAACUAUGAGAGAAAACGUUCCGAUUGUUACCCACACUUUGGACUCGCUACUGCAGGGUGAUAGCCAAUUAAAAUAUUGUGCCAUCGAGCUGUAUCUGAAAACAUUGAAAGCACAACCAAGGUGUUGCCGGUUUGUGUUGGCUGCAAUAAUUGAUCUAACGAAAACCGAUCCUUCUUGGUAUUCGAACGCAAUCUGUACAAGAGCUAUGAAGUAUAUUUGUGAAAAUCAUCCUGAACAUGGAGAAACAUUGGUACCAUUGCUGUCACAAAUAUUAAAUCGUUCAACAGACAUAAAUGGUGGAACCGCAAGCGCACUCGCUAUUAAAAGUAUUUCUGCGCUUUGUAAAGCUUCUGUAAUAGAUAUUUCUUCAACCUGGAGAGUAUUAGCCCCAAAAAUGGAGAAAGAGAAACGUGCCGUUGUCUUAGAGAGUCUUUGCGAAUUGUUCGGUGAUAUUAUUUCGUAUCCGUCGUCUCUGGCUAUCGAAGAGCAUGAUCAACUGAUUACUGGUAUAGUUUCGAAUUUGUGGAAAUACGCGAUGUGUAACGAUACCAGAGUAAUCGAAUCUGCGCUUAAAUCACUGUGUUGUUAUCGUCUAGAGCAUAUGUCUCUGGAAACAUUACCUGCAGACUUUCGAUCGCAUCUUAUAACACAAAAAACGGGUCCCGUAACGUCAACGGAUGUUCCAACAAAACCGGAAGAUGUAUUUCAAUACAUCCCCUCCACUUGUUGGAUAGAAAUGCUUCAGAAAAUAAAUAAAACAGCGUUGUCCGUUGCUGGAGAUCUGUUAAUUUCAUUCGUGAACGAAGAAGUGUCUAAUUUUCGAUCAGGAAUUUAUAUUUGGCCUCACGGGGAGCCUGAGAAUUUUAAAUAUUUGCCGAAACAAAGCGUAAUAAGAGGUGUCGGUGAAUAUUUGAGACGAUCUAACAAAGCUGAAUCUAAUAAUCAUCGUAUUAUUACGGAAUGCCUGAGAAUUUUUGCUCAAAGAUACCCAAAACCGUUGCCAAAUGUUAAUUGGAAUAUCCUCAAAGAUACUGCCGUUCUAUCACCCGAAGCUAAAAAAUAUGCUUUUUCCAUCGCUUGUUACAAUGCGCAGGUAUCUUUGUCUGCCAGAUCUAUUAUAGAAGAUUAUUUGUCCACGUAUAAAUCAGAAACUAACCCCGAUGUCCACCUAAACAACGAGUGCUUCAUGCUGUAUUCGAAUCUUGAAGAUUUGUGUCAAGUCGUCGAACCGAAUAACAUUAAACCGUUCUUAAAAACCACAUUGAAAUAUGUACUACAGAAAAUGAAUUUCAAUAACGAGCAUUUUAUAAACUUAUUCGGUUCUAUUAUGUCUGCAUAUGCUCGAACUUUAAGAAGCCAAGACAUGAGCGACAAGAAUUUCACCCUCCUAUCCAUCUUACUGGAGAAACUUUUCUAUAGAGUAGAUUUAACUUGCGAACGUUUCAAGCCUUAUAUUACAGCAGUUCUGGAGUUGUCGACAAAGCACUUGGAGAAAGUUACAUCUCCUAGAACAUGGUUGGAAAUAACAAUUAAUGAAUUAAAAAAUGCCAUCGUGAUUAGAGCUGAAUUCAUUAUAAAGAAAUGCCCUGAAUCUCCUUUAACGUGGUUGAACGAACUCAUCGACGAAACAGCAUCCAUACCUAGCGUACAGGUGUAUCUUCUCGAAACUAUUCAAAGAAUACACAGGGAAAUGCAAUUUGUGAAGUCCAUCACAAAUUGGAUAGUAGAUUUUAUGACACAGAUUCAAGGAUUAUUGCUCGAAUCGUCGCAGGACAAUAGUAACAAAGUACAAUUUUACUGCAGCGUUUUAUUCGUGUCUAUCAUCAGUGUGUCUGGCAUCGAUUGCACAUUAAUGAAACAAGAUUCAUUGGCCACAUCUACGAACGUCCGAGUCGAGUUGUUUCCUCAUGCUAUCUCGAUCCUUUCUGAUAGGCAAGAUUGGAAGCAUGUGAUUCCUCAGAUCAUGGAAUGGUUAAACAACAUGAGAACAAGUACUAUUCCUAGUAUGUACAAGCUCAUAUUUCAUCGUUCAUUAAUUUCUGUAAGACAUAAUUCAUAUUAUAAGGAGGUAUGGUCGAAAUAUUUAUCGAUUAAGACUGAAGUGUAA